CGCCGUGGACUCUGAAACCGGAAGUAGAGGAGACAAUGCUGCUGACUUGCACAGAUUUCCAGCGGUGGGACGUCUCCGCGUGGUCGACCUCCGUCUGCAAUGACUCCGGGGCCACCGUCUGGGACAGUAGACCAGCCGCAGUCACCAGUCUCGUGUCAUCGCUGGGCUUCAUGACAAGAGAGUGCUUCGCAUCUGGGACUCUGUCCUCGGCUUCUCUGAAAGGCAGGUUCCUCAAAAAGACCAGGCGGGUCGCUCCUACCGCGCAGCAGGAUGCGGACAGCGAGUGUCAUUUGUGCAGGUUUUCCAUAUUUUCCCUGUCUGGCAGCAGUCGCACCGUACGUCGGAUCGUGACGGCCUGUGUCCUCUCAUUCCUGGCCCUGCUUGGCGCUGUAUCCGUCGACCUCAGGUCCAACUUGGACUUGCUGCACACGACAGAGGCCGCUUACGACGAGCUGUCUUCCUGCAGGACUCUAGCCCUCCUGCAACUUGUCGGCAAGCUUCAACAAAUGAGAACUCUAUUCACAAAAGACGUGGGCAGUGAGAUGUCGGGGGCAAAUUUUUCAGACGUUGUGUUCCCCGUGUUGGAUCGUCUCUGUGUUGACAUGACAUACGGAUACGGCCACGGACUUGCUUGCGGUUCUCAGUUGUCUGGAUUUUGCCAGGAAGCGAGGAGAAGCAUCGAAGGAUUUCUAAAUUCUUCACUGGAUACAAACGACAAAAGUGAGAAUGGCAUUUUGUCUUUUUCUGUCUCCAUCAAAAGACUUCUUGACAUCUGGGGCACAGUAGAAGACGCUUUAGUCAAAGUCAAACAAAACUCCAACUGGAGGGAUGUACUGUCUGCAAGACUUCUGGUAAGAUUCGUAGAGCUCAACCACCAGUUGAUGAGCUUCCGGCACAUUGAAAAUUCUACAGACUUCCAGUACGAGUGGAGGUAUACGUUGAACUACAUCUGCUUUUCCAGGAUAAUCUCAGAGCGACUGAAUGACUGCUGGCUAGAGAACAUAGACUUCAAGUUGAACUCAAGCCUGGAGAUUGAACAAUCUUCUUUUUUCGACACAAGUCAGUGGCAGAUCUCUGGUGUCGGAACCGAGCUUCUGUCCGGAUCUCGCACGGGAAUACGAGCUCUGACCAACGCUCAGCAUUGCUUGUUUGAUCGGGCGGUGUUGGCUCUCAGGUUGGCGUCUCGAUCCAGGUCUUCGGGCCUCAGUAUGAGGAUCUGCCUUCUCACCAUAGCCUGCCUCAUCUAUCCCGUGGUGAUGUUUUCCUUCAAGCAAAUGGCAGAGUGGAUCCAGAACUACGCCCAGUGUUUGAGAGAGAAGACAGAGGAUCUAAAGCGCCAGAGGCAUCUGGCUGAAGAUCUGCUGCACCAAAUGCUGCCCAAGUCAGUCGCCAGGCAGCUGCGCAGGCAGAAACACGUCGAAGCCGAAAGCUAUGAAAAGGUGACCAUUUUCUUCUCGGACAUCGUGGGCUUCACCUCCAUCUCUGCGUCCUGUACUCCUCUGCAAGUGGUGGAGAUGCUCAACAACCUCUACAUGUGUUUUGACACACGCAUCGACUCUUAUGACGUUUACAAGGUGGAGACCAUUGGAGACGCUUACAUGGUGGUGAGCGGUCUGCCUGAGAGGAACGGCGACAGGCAUGCAGACGAAAUCGCCAAGAUGGCUCUGGAUCUGGUGGCGGCCGUCAGACAGGUCUCCAUCCCUCACAUGCCCAACGAGAGGCUGCAGCUCCGAGCCGGCAUCCACACAGGCCCAUGCGUGGCAGGAAUAGUGGGCUACAAAAUGCCAAGAUACUGUCUGUUUGGAGACACUGUGAACACGGCCUCUAGAAUGGAGUCUACCAGUUUACCUCAGAGAAUCCACACAAGUUCAGAAACUUAUUUGGCUCUAAUCAAAGACAACGCCUACGAACUGCAGCUUCGUGGAGAGAUUGAAGUCAAGGGUAAAGGCAAGAUGAACACGUAUUGGCUGAUUGGCCACAAGAACUACAGCGUGCAGAACGACAGCCUGGUUUGUCACUGGGACCCCAGCAAGACCAGGAAGAAGAAAACUCUGGCCGACAGCCAGGACUCUGUGGCCACCGUGAGCUGAAGCCGCUCAGUUUGCUGAAUGUUUGCAUGUUUCAGAGGCGCAAUUCUACCUUUCAGAACAUUUGUGUCCAUCCUCCAUUCGUUUCUUUAUGUAUUUUAAAUAAUUUCUUUAGAUAAGCCACUAUUAUUCUUUACUUCCUGCUUGUAUAAAAGGCCAAAAGUAUAUUUACAUUCUUCCUAUGUGUGUGUAAAUUUCCUCUUGUUAGAUUCUGGUUCUGUAAAUACUCUGCUUCACUUUUACGUCUAUUUUGUUAUUUCUGUAAUUAUUUUAUGUUAUUUAUUUAAGUGUCAAUGAAAAUGGUUAAAUUCUCAGUUAUUCUGAUGUUCUUCUGUGUAUUAUUAUUUUU